AUGGGCAAACUAAUAAAGAACCACUGGGCUCGCCUCAUCGUCCUCGCAGCGGCAACUUAUCACGUCGCAGCCUCCCUCUGCGCCUUCUUCUGGCCCAAAUUCUUCUUCGACUUCUACACCAAGAACUUCGACCUCGCCGUCAAACCCGUCCCCAUCCUCCAAACCAUCAACCUCGUCUUCGCCCUCAUCACCCUCGCCUACGAGUACCCGCUCUCCUACCUCGCCGGCACGACGCUGCAUCGUAGUCUAGAAGCACGUCUGAUGUGGUUGCCGUUGUGCUGUUUGACGGCAGUCUUGAUGUAUCAGGGGACUAAUCCGGCCGUGUAUUAUUUUGUGGGUUGCGGAGUCUAUGCUUGGGCUUUUGUGGAGGGGGAGGUGGUUUGUGCGGUCCCUUGGACCUUGCCUAAGAGGGUUGAGAGGAGGAGGCCGGAGAAGGUUUGA